GGGUUAGGGGGAGCUAACUGUGGGUUAGGGUGGGGUGCUGGGUGCAGGAGCUGCCAGACCUGAGCGCUCAGAAACAUGCUGAAGUCCCAGCAGCGACAGCAGCCACAGCAGCAGCCUGGGAAAGGCGGGAGGCAGCAGCAGGCUCGGAUCCUGCGGGAAAGGCGCCCGGCACGGAUGUCCCCAGCUUCGCGCUGCUGCAGACAGCUGCCUUGACCUGGCCCUGACCCUGACCUCUUCGCUUUACCCAAAGGACGGCCCUGCCCCCUUCCCACCCCACGUCCCCAGUUACUUCCUCCUCACGAUGGGAGAUGGGGCACUUGCCUUAGGCUACGAGCCCUACAACCUGUCAUCUCUUUCACCAGCACCCGACGGGGCGGGUGGAAAGGCAGAGGCAGCUGCAGCAGCAGCCACCGCCGCCCGGCUGCUGGUGCCCGCCUCUCCCGCCUCCUCACUGCUGACCUCGACGACACCAGCACCCGUGGCCCUGUCCCAGCAGUGGACGGCAGGUAUGGGCGUGCUUAUGGCCCUGAUUGUACUGCUUAUUGUGGCGGGCAACGUAUUGGUGAUAGUAGCCAUCGCCAAGACGCAGCGUCUGCAGACGCUCACUAACCUCUUCAUCAUCUCCCUAGCCAGCGCCGACCUGGUCAUGGGGCUGCUGGUGGUGCCUUUCGGGGCCACUAUCGUGGUGUGGGGACGCUGGGAAUACGGUUCCUUCUUCUGCGAGUUCUGGACGUCGGUGGACGUGCUGUGUGUUACGGCCAGUAUCGAGACGCUGUGUGUCAUCGCCCUGGACCGUUACAUCGCCAUCACGUCCCCGUUCCGCUACCAGAGCCUGCUGACUCGGGCGCGGGCGCGGGCGCUCGUGUGCACCGUGUGGGCCAUCUCGGCGCUAGUAUCCUUCCUGCCCAUCCUCAUGCACUGGUGGCGGGCGGACGGCGACGAGGCGAUGCUCUGCUACAACGACCCCAAGUGCUGCGACUUUGUUACCAACCGGGCGUACGCCAUUGCCUCGUCCGUAGUCUCCUUCUACGUGCCGCUGUCUAUCAUGGCCUUCGUGUACCUGCGCGUCUUCCGCGAGGCCCAGAAGCAGGUGAAGAAAAUCGACCGCUGCGAGCGGCGCUUCUACAGCGGCCCCCGCCCGCCGCCCUCGCCCUCGCCGCCACCGCAGCCGCGGCCCCACGCUCCUCACCAGCCGCCCCCCACACCGGCACUACCACCAUCGCGUGUGGUGCUGGCCAACGGGCGCCCCAGCAAGCGGCGACCGUCGCGCCUCGUGGCCCUCAAGGAGCAGAAGGCGCUCAAGACGCUGGGCAUCAUCAUGGGCGUGUUCACCCUCUGCUGGCUGCCCUUCUUCCUCGCUAACGUGGUGAAGGUCUUCCACCGAGACCUGGUGCCCAAUCGCCUUUUCGUCUUCUUCAACUGGCUGGGUUAUGCCAACUCGGCUUUCAACCCCAUCAUCUAUUGCCGCAGCCCGGACUUCCGCAAGGCCUUCAAAAGGCUCCUGUGCUGUCCACGGCAGGCUGGGAGGCGGUUCCACGCCAGCGCUGGGGAAUUGUCGCGCGGGGGCUCCGGGGCCGUCACGGUGGGAGGUUGCGGCAGUUCGGCGGUAGGCUGUGCCACCCCGUCCCCCGGGGCCGCCUACGCGGAACAGGGAGAGCUGCUUCCCUCUUCCCCUCACUACCUGGAGCCCUGGGCCGGCUGCAACGGCGGGGCGACGGGGGACAGCGACUCCAGCCUGGAGGACAGGGACAGCAAAGACUCGUAUUCGGAAUCCAAGGGAAGAGAGGAUCUGUGUUUACUCAAGACCGAAAGCAGGUGAUAGUGUAUCCUUCAUACUUCAUUUGAAUCAUCCACGAUAAACAGAAAAGCAACUCGACCGUUGAACAGAAGGAAAGUUGGGGGAGGAGAAGAGGAUCCGGGUUUUGGACUUUUCUUCUUGACUUUUAGAGGGAAGGGAAAACUUUGUCCGUUUCGUCUUUUCAAGUCUAAUUCUGAUCCUUUCUGCAAGGAUUUCAAGAGUGUCAGUUGAGUAGCUAGGUGGUCCAAAGAAAAGAAUUCGUGAUGAGGGUGGGGGAGAAGGGGGGAAUUGGGAGAGAGGGAGAAAGAAAGAAAAACCACCAACUUUGUUUCUCCAAGAGCUGUACUUAGGAAUCCUGCUUUUCAGCUGUUCCCAUCCUAUUCCUAGGAACUGGAGCAGUUAUCCAAAAAGUAAGAGGAAAUGGGCAGUGUAGAUAGAACAGGUUUUUUGGUUGCUAAGAAAGUUUUUUAUUAUUAUUUCAAAGUCUGAAUAAUGACAUCUUUAAUCAAAGCAGAGGGGAAAGGAAAGGAUGCCAAAAUCAUGUUCGCUUUUUAAGAGUUUUAUAGAACAAACCACCUGGCUUUCUUUUUGCACAGCAAACCUAGUGUCUUGGCAAUAGUGAUGAGGCAGAGGGGUUCCUACCUCAAACUGUGCAUAUUGCACAGGGAUUUUUUUAAAGAUAUGUUUAUAUUAAACAGAUUAUUUAUGUAUCAAUAUUAGUUUAAAGGACCAGGCACGAGCCUUUGUGACACGUGACUCUGUCACAAUUUGAAGAGAGAACAGUAAAUAUGAAGAAACAGUCCUAGUGUCAAGAAAAAUUACUGCACAUUUGGAAAAAAAGAUAAAAGGAAUGGUUCAAAAUGCCUUUUUGCACAGUGUUAGAAAAUGUAAAGUCCACUGAAGAUAUUACUUGCACACACACAAAAUUUUUUUAAUGAGGGGAGGAAAGGGAGUUGAAAAUAACCUGAAAUCCAAACUCUACUUUUUGUCUAUUAUGUUACUGAAUUAAUGUUUUAUUGGAAAAAAAAAGACUUUUAUACUAUUUUAUCAUGGUACUGUAACUGUAUCCAUAUUUGAAAUUUAAAUAUAAGGAUUUUUUUUAUUAUUUUUGUAUGUCCAAGUGCUCACGUGAAUCUGCUGUUAAUUUAGCACUUGUGUGUCAUUUCUAUUUCCUCCUGUGUAUUUUAUAAAGUAUUUAUACUCUGGUGCAACUAACUACUGUGUAAGUAAAUGGUCUAUGUGCAAUAAUAAAUACAAAUGCAGCACAAUCAA